AUGCUAGCAAUUUAACAUUUAGUACCACCUGAAAUAAUUAGAAUAAGAUAAUUAGUAUACUUUUGAGAUAUAUUCUAGAUUUGUAGAGUAGGUGAUGAUGGAGUAGAUAUAUUUAUUAAAGAUAGUUGAUAUUUAGGAGAAUAAUAUCAAUAAAAUAAGUAAGAAGUAAAAGAUGCAAUCAUUUAAUCUUUUAUUUAAUGUGCUAAAACUAUUACCUCUUAAAUGGAAUUUAUGCUACAAUAAUGGCUCUUUUGUCCACAAAAUAAGUAAUUUUAAGUAAAUAUCAUAUAACAGGCAACUUAAUCUUUGGCUGAUCAAAUCAUACUUGGAUUAUUGGAGCAUCUAUAAUAAAUUGCUUAAAAGGAAACACCUAUUUUGGGAUAAAAAAUUUUGAAGUUCUUAAUUGAAUGUUGGUUUACUUAAUACAGUAAGUUUGUAGAAUUUUUGUAUGAUUGAGAAGGAGGAGCUGAGAAUGAAAAUUCACCUUUCUAUUUAUAAAUUCUAUUAACUACUUUGCCUCAUGCAAUGAUAAAGGCGAUGGAGAAAAACCAAAUUGAAGUUAAGAAUAUUAUUCAGAAUGUGGAAGUUUUAAUGUCUAAAAGGAAAACUGAAGAUAGACUUUAUCAUUUAUGGUAAUCAAUUAGAAACUUUUUAAAUAAUUAAGAAAAAGAUGCACAUACUUAAAUAUUUUUAUAAUUUUUAAAAUCAUCUUAUCGUAGGCCUUAUUUAUUAUUUAAUGAAGAGAUGACACAAGUUAGACAAUUAAGAAUAGGAUUUAAAAUUCCUAUAGUUAAAAGAUAUAAAAUUUGGAAACCUUAAUAAAUUUUAGUAGUUAAUGAUAAACAAGAGUAAAAUUUCAAAACAAUAAUUUAGUAUUCUCAAUUUAAAAUUAUAUAAUAGUUUGUAAAUUAUUUUAAAUUGAUGUACUUGAAAUUAUUGAAUAAUUUAUUGAUUAAUUACCUAUGA